AUGUCAUAUUGUUAUGCAUCAGGUGAGAGUUCUUUUUCUUAUAUUUUAGAUUCAUGUUAUUGUCUCAAUCAUAAUAGUUCUUCUCCAAUUAAUGCGUAUAAUUAUUAUCAACCAUAUUUCUAUUAUAAUGAAGUUGUUAUGCCUCAACGACAACAGCCAAAAAAACCCGUCGUUUUUCUUUGGAAACAAAUUCGAAUUUUAGAAGAACAUUUUUAUAAAGUGGAUAAAUAUGUAUCAAAACAAACAAUUGAUGAUCUAUCAAUUCGAACUCAACUAACACCACCUCAAAUUCGUAUUUGGUUCAAUAAUAAACGUACAAGAGAACGUCGUUAA